GGGCUGCGGAGAAAGUGAAGUUCGCGCCUGGCGUCCGCGCGCCGAGGCUGGAGGUCGCGAGGCCCCGGCGCCCCCCGAGGGCCGUGGCCUGGGAGGAAGAUGGCAGAUGACCAGGACCACAUGGAGAAACAGGCAGCCGGGGAUUCUGUGAGUCCAGAUGCAGUUGAUGCAAAGCCAGACCGGUCCUCAUUCGUAGCAAAACUGUUAAGAGCUGAGGAUGGCAAAGUGACCGAGAGGACCGCCCAGGGCGGCAGUAAGAAGAAGAAAAGUGGCUCUUCACGAUCACUCAGGCCCCCCCGGGACCGAGUACCUACAUUCCAAUAUGAUAUGAACUUUGAGAAGGUGGGAAAAUGUAUCAUAAUAAACAAUAAGAACUUCGACAAAGUGACAGGUAUGGGUGUCCGAAAUGGAACAGACAAAGAUGCUGAGGCCCUUUUCAAGUGCUUCCAAAGCCUGGGGUUUGAAGUGGUGGUCUAUAAUGACUGCUCUUGCUCCAAGAUGCAAGAACUGCUUAAGCAAGCUUCUGAGGAGGACCACAGCAAUUCAGCCUGCUUUGCCUGCAUCUUAUUGAGCCAUGGAGAAGAAAAUUUAAUUUAUGGAAAAGAUGGUGUGACACCAAUAAAGGACUUAACAGCCCAUUUUAGGGGAGAUCGGUGCAAAACCCUUUUAGAGAAACCCAAACUCUUCUUCAUUCAGGCUUGCCGAGGAACAGAGCUUGAUGAUGGGAUCCAGGCUGAUUCAGGACCUAUCAAUGACACGGAUGCGGAUGCUAAUCCCCGCUAUAAGAUCCCAGUGGAAGCUGACUUCCUCUUCGCCUACUCCACGGUUCCAGGCUAUUACUCAUGGAGGAGCCCGGGAAGAGGUUCAUGGUUUGUGCAGGCCCUUUGUUCCGUCCUGGACGAGCAUGGCAAAGACUUGGAGAUCAUGCAGAUCCUCACCAGGGUGAACAACAGGGUGGCCAGGCACUUUGAGUCCCGGUCUGAUGACCCCCGCUUUGACGAGAAGAAGCAGAUUCCUUGUGUGGUCACCAUGCUCACCAAAGAACUCUACUUCUGCCAGUGACCCUGCCUUCUAUCCAAGGAGCUACAGAUGGUUGUUGACAAGUCAGAUUAUUAUUAAUGUUUAUUAUUUUGAUGUGUUUGAAAGAUUCAGAAAUGUUACGAGAUUUUACUUUCAGGAAAUUUUAUUGAUUCAGCAGGGAAGAAACUCUAGGGAUUUCCAGUACCCUUGGAGUUUUCAGACUUUCUUUGUUUUCACUCUGUUGCUCAUUUGUUGACUUUGUAAUUUGCUCUUAAGAUUAAUUUCCUGUUGGUAUUUCUUUCUCCUUGUCAUCACACCUAGUUGGCAUGCUGUAAAGAUGACUCUGGGGGAAGACUGUGGGCUGUGUCUCCUGUCACUGGUGGGGAAAUUUGUGGAGAGUUAGGGUCCUAUCCCUGGCAAAGAAAAUCUCAGUUUGUUUGGGUAUUUUUAAGAAAAAAAAUAACAGAACAGCUAAAGGGAUAUUCAUUGGCCUAUAUUGUGGAAAGUGGCCAUUCCAUAGUGAUUUUUGGAUUAAGGUAGAUUCUCAUGCAGAUCUUCCCAGGUAAGUCAGAGGAGGAAAAGUUUUAAUAGUUCUAAUAUAUGUCCUGCAAGAUCUAUUCCAGAAAAAUGGAAAGCAUUCUAGGUGUUUCAGUAGAAAGCAUUUAAUACAGGAAAUUUACUUAUACAGAUGAUAAGACCAGCUGAAUAGUAGAAGGCUGUUUGCUACAGCUGGGACUCAGAAUAGUGAGAGAAAGUGUGGUUUUCUGAGUCUAUAAGCUGUUGGAGACAGCUUCCUGGCCACUAGGACCACCAAAUGAUUUUGGGAAAUGAAGCUGUGGCAAGGACAAAGCCACUGCCUGAGAUGGAAACAAGGCCAGAGCUAAGUCAAACAUUUAAAAAUUUCCUGGCCUUUCCAGUCCUUUCCACCAGCACCUUCCCAUUCUAACCAUACUUGAAAAUCAGCAGGUGUGGCCUCAGGGAAUUGUGAUUUCCUGUGAUAUGCAGUAAAGCAAGGGAAGUGAGACAGGAACAAGAAACAAAUAUGAGCCUCACUCAUAAUGUGACUAUCAGUGAUCAUAUUUCCUGGUGUUCAACAGUUCAUCUUUUCAAAUCUUUAUUCCCCUGGGUUGUCAGAUGCUGUACAUAUGUGCAAAUAACCUACUCCCAUUUUAUGUGGAAAAUAAUUUGUUUGAACUUUCAGAUAUACUGGAAACUGUUGAGAUUAUUUCAAAGCUUAUUUCAAGUAAAAAUUUUGUUAUCUCUAAUUUUUCUAAGUGAAGAAGUUUUUAGCAAAGAUUUGGGGACUUCCAUUUUCAAAGCGGUGUUAUCCUUUGAAUUCUUCAGACAUUACUGUUUUCUCUCUUCCUAAUAACUGGUUAACAAAUGUUUGUAUUUAUUGAUUAAAAUGUGAUUGCUCAAUUCC